AUGGCCCUCCCAGACGCCGCGGGCAGCAAAGGGGAGUUAGCGGGUGUGGGAAAUUUUGAAGUCAAUAACACACUCUACUGGCGGCUGCUCACGAUAUCUCUUCUUCGACUUAACGCUACGUCUCGCCGUAUCAGUUCUAUUCUCCGACACCGACAGCGACCACAUGUGGGCGCUGCGUACACUCUAACGCAUCGCAUGAUAGUCAAGACCGGACGCGAUGUCCGCUUGGACGAGGCGGCCACGAUGAGGUUCAUUGCCGAACACACGACCAUCCCCGCACCUAAAGUUCUGAGUGCAUUUGAACGCAAGGGUACGGCUUACAUUGUCAUGGAAAAAAUCCAAGGCGAAGAAUUGGGCAAAAUUUGGCGCCGAACAUCCGAACAAACCAGGGCAAGUCUGCUGGACCAACUGCGACAGCACCUCGACCAACUCCGGGCACUGCCACCGCCAACCGAAUUUGCUGUUGGUAGCUGCACUGGUGGUUCACUCCAAGAUUUUCGACAAAGCUGCGCCCCGCCGCCAGUCCGGUUUGGACCCUUCAGAACCAUCCAGGAUUUCCACAACUGGCUGAGGGAAGGUCUGAAACCAGGGGAGUCUACGGACCUGGAUCCAAAGGAUGUGGAGGAACUGAACGACAUGAUUGCGAGGCAGGAAGGCCCUUGGCCUCCAUCGGUCUUCACGCACGGUGACUUGAAUCCUUCGAACAUCCUUGUGCGCGACGGCAAAAUAGUGGGCAUCAUUGACUGGGAAAUGGCGGGGUGGUAUCCUCAUUAUUGGGAAUACACCUCCUUGAAGAUCGCGAGCGACCUCGUCAAUCCGAUUUGGCAUGAUAAUGUUGAAAAGUUCCUCAACCCCAUGCCGGAAGAGCUGAAGAUGGAAAGGGUACGAUUUCGCUGGUGGGGAAACGUAUGCUGA